GGCAUCACACGGGAAAGACUCCACUCUGCGUGUCCCGACACUAGGUGGAAAAAGCACAGGAGACGUGAAGCAGGUUGUGGGGAACGGCCUCUUUUUGGUCCUCCAGGUGCUUCUCGGAUCGUGGGUGGCCGGGAGGCUCCCAAGGGGGCGUGGCCAUGGCAGGUCAGCAUCCAGAUCCAAUACAGGCACCACUGUGGUGGCACUAUCCUCAGCAGCGUCUGGGUGCUCACUGCCACACACUGCUUCUACCAUCACCUAUGGAUCAGCCUAAGCAAUUUUCGUGUGGUGGCAGGACUAAAUACGCUAUCUUCUCCGGGAAAAUACGCCCAGGUCCGCUCCAUCAGGGGAGUGAAAAUGCACAAUGAUUACAAUAUUGUCACAUCCGAUAACGACGUGACGCUGUUGCUGCUCAGCUCGCCCUUUAAGUUCACCAACUACAUCCAGCCUAUUUGCCUUCCUGGUGAUGUGAUCCAUGAGGCCAUGCUCAACCUCAGCCACUGCUUCAUCAGUGGAUGGGGAAGCACCUAUUACAAAGGCCCGCUGAUGAACAAACUGCAGGAAGCUGAGGUGGAGCUCAUCGACAGACGAACAUGUAACCGGGUCACCUGGUAUAACGGCAUCAUCACUGAGAAGAUGAUCUGCGCAGGACUGGAGAGCGGAGCAGUCGACGCCUGUCAGGGUGACAGCGGGGGCCCGCUGCAGUGCUACAGCGAGAAUCAGGAUAGGUUUUAUCUGGUUGGCGUGACGAGCUUCGGAGAGGAGUGUGGACUUCCUCAUAAGCCUGGGGUGUACGCACGAGUCAGCGUUUUUUCAAAGUGGCUGACUGCGAGUCAGACAGCGGUAGCAGCAUCUGCUGUCCACAGAGCGAGCACGGGAGUCAUCGCAGCUCUGCUCGGUGCUGCUUUGACGCUGCUCUGAAACAUCCAGACUGGCAGCAAUAAAUAUCCUAACUGAAGCAAACAGCUCUGAAUGCCACACGCUUAUUUUUUCAUAUACAGUUCAUAACAACAACCCUGUUAGAGCUGUCAGAGCUUUUUUAAAGGCACAGGAGAGCCACAUUUCUUAUUCAGCAGCUUACUUUGAGUGAUGGUGUAAUUUGUUGUCAAGCCAGAAACACUCUGAUUGUUUCACAUGAGAUAUCUGUGUUUAUUAAUUUUCUUUAUAUAGCAUGUAAAUACAGACAGGCACAUGUAUGUGAUGACAUAUGCUUUGUCUUAAAAUGAGCUCACAUUUUUUUAACACGUUGCUUUUGUUAUCAGUAAUAGAAGGAGGGUUAAGAAGUGCUAAUAAUGGAUGGUUUUUAUUUCUCUGCUGGAAGGAGUUGUUUCCUUUGGAGAGACGAGUCCAUUAGAAAUACAACAGCUGUAAUAUGACUCUGAAAGGCAGCUGCUUCCUUGGAAUUCACUUUAUUGCCGACAUUUCCACAACAACUUAUCUUGCUUAGCUUAUCUCAUAGAGUUUUUAAGCCACUCAGCAGAAGAGAGAAGAGCUUUUAAACUCCUGAGUGGGUACAAAAAAGAUGUCAGAGCUUUUAUUUAUUAGGAAGACCAGCAGUUUCCCUUUUUUCCCCAAUAAAAGCUUUAAAACAUCCAGAAAAAACUUUAUUAAGAGCGACAGAUUGUAUUAAGAUGUUAAAAGGCUUAAGUUUAAUUCCUGGAUU